UGUCAAUAUUGUCAAUGUCACUGUUCAAAGUUUGAGGAUAUUCAAGUCUUUUGACUUUUAUUUGUACAUAGUACAUUUGUGAUUUAAAAACGAUAACAUGUAGUUCGAAAAUGUUCUAAUUAUAUUUUGCAUUGCUCAAGUUUUGAAGCAAUAUAAUCUGAAUAUUCGAACGAAAAAUUCCAUGUCAAAUAUUUCCUGAAUUCUACCUGAAUACAUUGGAUAGAUUUGACUGUUUCAUGAUGUCAGCAACUAGUAAUACCACUACAGGAAAAACUCAAAAAACUAAGAGAAAUGUUCUCAGUCGACCGGCUAGUAGUAGUAUCCUAGAAGGAGAAUAUUUUCUCUCAUCCAGAAUAGAGGUGGAAAACGAUGGUAUCACCCCAGCUUACAAAACCAAAUUGCUUGCUUUAUUCAAACAAAUAGAAAAGGAAUUCGAUGUAUUAUAUCAAGAAAAUCAAACAUUGCACGACAAAAUUGACUUGUUGAACGAAAAGUUGGAAAAGGACUCUUAUGAUAAACCAGAUGGUAUUGACUUUGAAAAUAACAUAUCGAAAGUUCUGACUAAGAAGUUGAGUGUCGCCUCACAGAAAUCGAAAACUGCUCAUAAAUUGAAAGCUCAAACCAGUAAGAUAGUAUCUAGUUUCAAGACUCCUAGUUUUAAUUGUACAUUGGUGAAGGACUAUUCUGGACACAAGGACGGAGUAUGGGAGGUGUCAGUUGCAAGGCCUGGUGUCCCGGUUAUAGGGACAGCAUCUGCAGACCAUACCGCACAUAUCUGGGGAAUAGAAUCGACAAGGUGCUUGCUUCAAUAUCAGGGCCACUCGGGCUCUGUUAAUUCUAUAAGGUUUCAUCCUUCCAAGGAUUUGGUACUUACCGGUAGCGGAGACUGUUCAGCGCACAUCUGGCAGGCUGCUCUAAAUUGGGAUCUGCCAAAGGGUCAUUCAUCCGAGGAAGAAUUGGAAGAUGAAAUGGAGGACAAAAUAGACUCUAAGAUACCGGCACUGAGAACGCCUGUGAGAGAGUUAUUCGGACACACCGGAGCUAUUUCUGGGGCAGAAUGGAUAGCAGGCGGUGAACAAAUAAUAACAGCUUCUUGGGAUCGUCUCGCAAUAUUACAUGACAUUGAAACUGGAAGUGCUUUAGUGCAACUUGUUGGACACGAUCAAGAACUCACCUACACUGCCUCUCAUCCAUCACAAAAGUUGGCAGUAACCUCAUCAAGGGACACAACGUUUCGUUUGUGGGAUUUCAGGGAAUCAGUCCACUCCGUUUCAGUUUUUCAAGGCCAUGCCGAGAGCGUAACUUCUGUAGUAUUUACAAAGGAGGAAAAGUUAGUAUCGAGCUCUGAUGACAGAAGUGUUAAAGUAUGGGAUUUGAAAAAUAUGCGAUCCCCUGUAGCAACCAUAAGACUGGAUUCUGCCGUAAACAGGUUGAGUGUGUCAUCGAAUGGCAUCAUUGCCAUACCUCACGAUAACAGAAACAUUCGUUUGUAUGAUUUGAAUGGUCAGAGAAUGGCAAGACUGCCUAGAUCGAGUAGACAGGGUCAUAACAGGAUGGUUGCAUGUGCUGCCUGGGCGGACGAAGUAAUAAAUGGUAUCAAUUUGUUUACUUGUGGGUUCGACAGGAGGGUAUUGGGUUGGUCGAUUUUGUCCAUGAAAGAUCUGUAAUUCAGCAUUUUUAAAUAAGUUAUAAAAUGUUUUGUGAUAGGUAUUUAUUUUUGUUUAUAAUAAAUAUUAUUGUUUUCCAAG